AUGGCUGAGGAGGCUGCCUUCAAUGUGUGCAGCACUUUCUCCAACCCGAAACCCACCUUUGGAAAUUAUGAAAGAAGGCAGAAAUGUCAAGUGCUAAGACGAUGCAAGUCAGAUAAGCCAUAUGUUGGCAGAGAUAAUAGUGGCUUGUGUGUGAAGAAACAAGCAACACGUGUACGUUUGAAGCAGGCAGAGAAAGAGAACAUGGAUCCUGAAGCAGAGUUACCCUUAACUAGGUCAGAUGUUCUACGCUGUGAUUCUAGUGAACAUCGGAGACCACUGGAAAACUCUGAUGUGAACAGUCACAGUUUAGACAAUCAAAGCUUUGAAAAUGAAGACAGUUGUGAUUCUGGUGAAGACGAUUUUAUUUUUGAUACCAACAACAAUCAAGGAAUAUGUACAAGCAACACUAAACGGCUUUCAGAAGCAGAGGGAGGUGCAACAACACCACCACCAAGUCCCACGUGGAACCUCCGGAUCUUAUGCAAUGCUGUCAGUCCAGAGAUACGCCGAAUGCAGCUGCAGCGAGAGAAUGCUGGUGAUGAAGAAAGAUCUUCCUCAGCAUCUGUAGCUUCCUCAAGUACCACAGCAACCAAUCAUCCGAUGGUGAGCCCUUCAGAGGAGAACAGUUGCGACUACACAGAGUUUAUUUCAUCUCAAGACAGUGCUCUGGGCUUGGAGUUUGAGGUUAUCACAUCUCGCAAGGAUAAAUCACUGGGUAGAUUGUGUGACAAAUUUUUGUUGCGUUACCCAGACCAUCCAGGGAAUGACAGAAUUAACAUUUGUCUGGAUGAAGUUGCAAAGGAUUUGGGUGUGGAGCGACGGAGAAUAUAUGACAUUGUAAAUGUGCUAGAAAGUGUGGAGAUUGUCAGCAGGGCUGCCAAGAACAAGUACUCCUGGCAUGGUAAAACAAACUUACCUCACACACUGCUGAAACUAAAGAUUUUAGCUGUGAAAGAAAACAUGUUUGAACAGAUCAUGAGGAUCAAGGAACAAGAAAUGGCCAAGGAUUUGAAUGAGUCUGGAGUAGACAUUGAGACCUCUGUAUGGGAUUUGAGACCAGAGAAUGACAGCAAGCUGGAAGAUAUUUUUCAGAGAAAGGAAAGAUCCCUAGGAAUAAUGAGCCAGAAAUUCCUCAUGCUGUUUCUGGUAUCAAAGCCCAAGACAGUGAAUCUGGAGCUGUCCGCAAAAAUGUUGAUUGGUGAUGAUGCUCUUGAGGCCUCCAAGUUCAAAACUAAAAUACGACGCCUGUAUGACAUUGCCAAUAUCUUGACCAGCCUGCGGUUGAUUAAAAAGAUUCACGUGACAGAGAUCAGAGGCAGAAAACCUGCCUUCCAAUAUACUGGACCUGAUGUGGAUAAUGUUCAUGACGUCGACUCUUGUUGCAAUGAUGGAUGUCAUCGUCCCAGCUCAAGACACUCACUUCUGGACUGUGUCCGCAAUGAGAAUGUUCAGAGCAUCAUGCAUGGUUUCCGUCCAAUACGGCCAGCUGGAUCAGUAUUACCAGAUUUCAAAGUCAAGCUUUCUUUUGAUGGACUGGAUGAGGCAGCUUCCGGGAACUAUCUACCCAGGAAUAAUUCAUUAGAUGAGAUCUGCAAGGUGACGGAACAGGAGAGAAACCUCUUGAUUGGUUCAGCCUCAGAGCCAACAAGCCCCAUCAGGAAACAUCUCUCUGAUGAUGUGAACCCAGCUCCAGGAACCAAGGUCACCAGGUUUGCAAUACCCUUGUCCAUGUCCAAACAUCUGAGUUUUGAUGACCACAUGGUGAAGUGUGGCACCAGCACAGCACCCAGGCUGAUCCACCGCCCCCAUGCUCGUUCUCUACAGCCUCAGGUUAAAAAUGUAGUUUUGCAUACACCGACUCCUGGCACCAAACCUGCAGAGACCAUCAUUCUGUCACACUCAGGGGAGAUCAAAUCUGUCAACAGUGUGGGCACUGCCCAGCAUAUACCAUUGUCCAAGUCACAGUUUGAGACAAUUUUACACUCCCUGAACUUUGCCAAGUCCAGUGCUCAACGGCAAAUACAUUUUAACAAACCUUCCGACGGACCAGCCCCAUUUACGAUUUUAGGCAGGAGUCUCUUACAGUCACCUGACUAUGAUGUCAGCGCUUUGAAGGCAUCAAGUCCUGGGUCUGUAUUGCAGAACCGGUCACUCAAGAGAAACCUGGUUGAGAUUGCUGUACCAAGUGAGAAACGCAUCAAGCUGGACUUGCCAAACAGUUCUGCUAGUACAGAGUUGAUAGAUUCUGCAGUGGCCUGGAAUGAAGGCUCACCAUCAGCACCUGAAAUCAAAAUUGGUCUGAGACGUCUAAACAGUAUGCCAGUUGUCACAUCGACGUCCCAGGCUGGUUCUCUCCGCAUCCUGCCACAGAUCAUUGUUCGCUGUGUUAACAAAUCGGCUGCAGCAACACCCCCUACAGACCACUUCAGGCUACAUGUGAAAAAUGAUCAGGGAGCAACAUCUUGGAAUGAUAAAACUUUGCUUGCCACCAGAAAGCAUGUUGUGGAAAACAUCACACCAACUCCUGGCUCCUUUUUGUCUCAGCUGAGGACACCAACAAGCAAUGGAUUUCCAGUUAAGAUAAUUGCUAAUCCAAUGACACCUGAUCCUUCACCAACCAGUCAGACAAGUUUGCUUUCCAUUGCUGAGUCCUUUACACCGCCAACAACACCCAAGAACCAUUUAUUGUUCAGUACACCACUAACAGGGUCACGUGAUAGUAUGCAGACAGAUAUGCACAUCAUUCAUCAACCAGGCAGUCUGAGAAAAGUCCUCACAGCCACCUCGACAACACUACCACCUUCCCAUAACCUGUCCUCGCCAUUUCAAGUUGUUGUCCCAUCAUCAUCAUCCAAGCAGUCUUCAACCACUUUUCUGCUGAAAAUGCCCCCAGGAAAACUCACAAAAACAGCCACAAUGUAA